GGGAAGAAGAAGACCAUCAAGAUGGAAGAAGAUGUCGUCGAACCCGAGCGCACGGAGGCGCAACGUGUGGAGUUCGUCCGCAGCGUUGGCGUCCGAGCCGCAACAGAAACGAUGCGGGAGCAGUGGAAACGCGAAUCCAUGGCGCGGAAAUGGAGGUGCUGGGUGCACUGGGUGAAGCACCGAAGCACCGGCAACAACCAACGUGCCGUAGCCAUCGACCAACAGCCAGUGGAACUGGAACCUCGCCCGGAGCCCGGUGCCCCUGGUUCCGUGGUUCAUAGUGCUCCUCAGGGAUUUUUGGAGACGAAUGUCAUCUAUGUCCCGAAGGAGGCCGCGCUGCCGGACAUUGCAGUCCACGGGCUCUUCACCUUCGUGGAGGACCAGACGUUGGCCGAAGUCCGUGAGUCGGUCGAAUGGCACACCUGUGCCCCUGGCCGUCUGGAGGCCGUGUGCCUGUGGGUCCGGGAUGAGACACCUCCUGUGUCCAAGCGCAAAGCCUCUCCUGGCGAUGUGGACGAUGAGCCCGACCAUGGGGAUGACACAGCAGCUUCAGUGGCACCUGCCACCCCUGUCCCAUCGACAGGUGCUGCCACCGUUGGCGACGAAACCCUUCGCAAGGUGGACCACAAGCUGCUCUACAUGCUGUUGGAGCUCCAGGGGCAGUUCGAACAAAUGCAGCACGAGGACGCAGCUGGCGCAGCCUUUGGCCUGCUCAAAGAGCGAUUGGGCCAACUCACCACUGACGACGUCAGGGCGAUCAAGCGCCAGAAGGUGCUGCGAGCUGAAGUGUUUGGAGGAUCGUGGCACAGCCCUUUAGACUUCCUGCUCAUGGAUUGCGACCAUAAGUGUCGUUGCUUCGAUGGCAAAGCCCACGUCUCACCUGUGUUUUUGGCAAAAUGUGAGCCCUGUCAAGUGAUUGUGACGUCCAUUCACGUGGAGGCAUGGGCCUUGGAACAGGUGGGAUCAGACCCGGUGGUGCCAUGUGCUCAGGGCAGAUUGAGGGAGCUGAAGACGUGGUUGCGCGGCAGAGGCACUGUGCCGAGGUUACCCCCAUGGGAGCACAUGCUUCGCUCCAAACGGGCCAUCCUGAAGCAGUUCAACCCUUGUGUUGUGAUUGUGCAGCCGAAAGCCACUGCCUUCGAACAUGCAAUCAGCUUCAAUUCCAAGAGGACUUGUCAUCUCCCAGAAUCAGAGCAGCUCCUCCUUCUGAUUCAGAAAUGGGAGGCAGUGGUCUCCAUCGAACCUAGGGCGUUCGACCUUGGGGUCAAUGUUGUGGACCUAACCUAUGAAGAGCGGUUGUCGGUGGUCAGGGAUGUCCUUGGAGGAAAAGCCAUUGCAACCAUCCGGCAACGACUUGGACAGUUGGGCCAGUACAUCAAGUGGGCAACAGAAGAGGCUCGACGCCCUCCGUUUCCGGUGACGUCGGAGCUCGUCAAAAACUAUGUGAGACAUUUGAGAAACCAUGAUGCCACUUUCUCGAAGUACACAGGUUUCCUGGAGACACUCAAGUUUUCAAAAUACGUUGUGGGUCUCGAAUGUGAUCUGGAGGCUUUCAAAUCGGCCUGGGUGUCAGGCAUCAUGCGAGCAGCAGGACAGAACAGGCCAUUACGCAGACAAUCCACGGUGCUGACAGUGGAUGCUCUCCUGUUCCUUGAAGCUUUGCUUGAGGACUCUCAGGUUGCCGGAGUCGACCGGUACGCAGUUGGAGUCGUGUUGUUUGCGACAUACUCCCGGGCCAGAUUUGGAGACCUCAAGAGCAUCGCCUCCAUCCUCAUUGACGAGGUGCCUCCGAACAAGGAGGAGAGCAUUGGCUUCCUGGAGAUGCACUCAGCGUCCCACAAGAUGCGGGCUACGGGCAACCGCCUAGGUUCCCAUCUGCCCUUGGUGGCCCCUCUGAAGGGUUUGGGACCGACUUCGUGGGGAAAGACCUUCAUCAAGAUUGGCAAGGAGGUCGGUCUGGACAUGGGCAAGUGGGAUCCUUAUUGUCCACUAUUGCCUGCACCUGACCAGAUGGGAGCAUGGACCGGCAGACCGACCACAUCAGGCGAAAUCAACAGAUGGAUAAAGCAGAUCUUACUGCCCUGUGAGUUUGACGCAUCUGGCUUCACCCCUCAUGGCUGCAAGGCUACAACACUGGCCAUGUUGUCGAAGUAUGGCGUGGAGGCUGAAGUUAGACUUGCAUUGGGCCAUCACCAGAUCCGCAAGGGGGUGGCUGAGGUGUAUGCAAGGGACACCCAGUCUGCCCCCUUGAGGGUAUUGGAGUCAAUGUUCCGUGACAUCAGACGAGGUCACUUCCAACCAGACCAAUCUCGGUCGGGCAUGUUUCGCAGGGAAGAACAUGAAGUGAAUCCUGCGCCAGCACAGGACCCUGGCCUGGUGACGGAUGUGCCCUUGCCGGCACCUGAAGGGGAGUACUCUCCUGGAUCACUCGCUGAGAGCUGGAACCUCGAGACACCUGGGAUCCCAGCAGUUCUUGCAGCCAUGGAGCCAUCAGAGGCAGUGGAUACAAUCUCUUGCAACUCAGAUGAUAGCAGCUCUUCGAGCGACUCCGAGGCUGACAGCUGUGCAACAGAGACGCUGGAGGAACAGGCAAAGGACAUGCCAGAAGCCCAUGCGUCUGCCCAGAAAAGCAUACCGAAGAUGUAUCAGCACAAGAAAUCAAAGGUGGUGCACUACGCAUCCUGGUCUGGCACGGCCUUCACAUGUGGGCGACAGUUGACCCAGGAGUAUCGGCAGUGCUCUGAAAGACUUGUGGUGGAGUCCAUGAGAUGUCAGAAUUGCCAAAGGCGAGUCGACAGCCGAACUCGCGACCAUGACCUUGAGAACAUGGAAGCCGUGGUCAAGCGCUCGAGGCGUCAGUAG